AUGGCGGACGCAGGCACCCCCGUCACCUUGCGCACCCGCAAGUUUAUUCGCAACCCCCUCCUGGGCCGCAAGCAGAUGGUUGUUGACAUUCUACACCCGGGCCGCGCCAAUAUCUCCAAGGAGGAGCUUCGCGACAAGCUCGCCACUCUUUACAAGGCGACAAAAGACCAGGUCAACGUUUUCGGCCUGCGGACUCAGUUCGGUGGUGGAAAGACCACCGGGUUUGCCCUUGUUUAUGACUCCCCCGAGGCGCUGAAGAAGUUUGAGCCUCACUACCGCCUUGUUCGUGUCGGCUUCGCCUCCAAGAUUGAGAAGCCAGGCAGACAGCAGCGCAAGCAACGGAAGAACCGACAGAAGACUCUCCGUGGCACAGCGAAGACCAAGGGUGCGAAGGCAAAGAAGGAGAAAUAA